AUGCCGAUGAGAGAAGACUUCUAUGUUUCUUCACAGGAACGCCUCACAGAUAUAUUGGCGGAGUCAAUGAAUAAGCCACGAACAAGGAUCGCAGUAGAAAUGUAUGCAGGUCAACGUAUUAUGCAUGGAGGUGUACGGAACCCUGUCGUCCUAAUCAAGAUAGAAUCGAUAGGCGCGCUGGAACCCGAAAAGAAUAUUCGCCACACCGAAAAAGUCACGCAGUUAUGUCAGGAGCUUCUACACGUACCAAAAGAUAAGGUAAUUUUUCUACAAACUUAA